AUGCGCAACUCACUGACCCUAAACACUAGGGAUUAUCAUGCAGAAAAUACCCUUCACUGUGUUCAUCAUUGCCCGUCUCCAUCUUUCCCUACAACCUCUUCUACCUUCUCCUCUGCACCUCUUUCUAUAUUCCCAUCUUCUUUACUAUUCCGUCAGGGGACCUGUUCCCUCACUUCAUUUCUCAAUACCAACUGCCGCUACGACCACAUUAUUUACCUUUCACCUACAAGUGAACCCCGGCCGGGUCUCAGGUCCUCGCUGAUUAUCUGGCACCCUGGACUCCUAAGUAACUACCAAACGGGCUUUGAACAGCCCGACAAACACCAGGAAGCAGCUAAAUAUGCUCUAAUAGUUUAUCGGCUGAGUGACUUCUCCGAUGACAUAAAGUGGAAGAUUAGUUUCAGCACGAUCGAAGAGCAGCAUGUAUUCCUCCGGCUUCUGCACCUUGAUGAUACCAACGAAGAGUACAAACGGCUUGCGUCGAAGAAAGAGAAGGCCAGGAAUAAACGGUCCUUGUUGCGAUCAGGAACGACACCUCUUUCGGAGAAGAUUACUUCUCCGGCCGUUCAGAAUAAAGAGAAAUUGACUGGUAGUGGAGAAUCGAAUACAAAGCCUCAGCAAUUCAAAGAUCCCCAACAAAAGUCAGCGGACGCCAAAAUCGAGAAUAAGAAUUCCAGUCCAUGA